AUAUUAAAAAAAUGUUUUAUUUUAUUUUUCUUAAUGUUAUUUUUACAAUAUAAGGUUGUGGAUCCAUUAAGAUUAGCACAAUGUGAAUGUGGAUUAAGUAAUGAAAUUUCAAUGAGGAUUGUCGGCGGUGUGGUAUCCGACGAGCAUGCCUUCCCAUGGAUUGUAGCAAUUUAUAAGAAGAAUAAUAUGUUACACUGUGGAGGUGCACUAAUUAACAAUCGAUAUGUAGUAACUGCUGGCCACUGUACAAAUUGGGAAGACCCGCAUGACUUGAGUGUCUAUUUAGGAAUGCAUAAUAGAAAAUAUGAUGGAAUUCAAGUUGGUAUUGAACGAAUAAUUUUACAUCCUGGAUUCACAAGUGAUUAUUUACAUGACACAAACGAUAUUGCAUUGAUCAAAUUAAACCAGAAUAUUCAAUACACACGUGAAGUUUCACCAGUAUGCCUACCCCAUCCAUUGUCAGAUUACACUGGAAGGGACGCACUUGUCGCCGGAUGGGGUCGAAUUGGAGUCAAUGAUGACCCGGCCGAAACUUUAAGAUAUACAUCGGUCCGUAUAAUGAGUUUAGCUGCCUGUAACAAAACGACAAUUUCAUCACAUUUGGCUGAUACAAUGUUAUGCGCUUACGCUACUGCAAAAGACGCUUGCCAGGGAGAUAGUGGUGGUCCCUUAGUUUAUGAAAGAGAACCUGGCAAAAUGGAAUUGAUAGGAAUUGUAUCAUGGGGAAUCGGAUGUGCCACACCAGGAAUACCUGGAAUGUAUACAAAAGUGACUGAUUAUUUAGAUUGGAUAGCCGAUAACACUAGAGAUGCAGUAUAUUGUGCAAUAAAUUAAAAUUAAAAUAAUAUCAUGGAUUUAAAAAACAAAUGGUUUUUUAUUAAAACAAAACUAUAUUUUAUAACGAUUACAAUCAAAAAUAAAUUUGAAAAACAUGGUUCAAUAUUUAGAGCAAU